AGCUUUUGCUCAAACAGGUAUAUCUAUGGUGAAUUAGUAGCCAGAUUGCCUGGUGGUCGAGAGCUGGAGCUUGGCGCGAUGACGCAGUGCCUAGAGUUCACGUGCGCCGCGGGCCUGGGCGCUGCCCUACUGAAGGCAUGGGACAAAUCCCAGAGCAAGCGCGUCCCACAGCGUGGGGAAAGUUUCAUGCCGCCUUUGGCCUCUCCAGCGAUGAAGUACAUGACAUCACCGGCGAGACAUAAAGUCCGGGAAUCCCAGCCGAGUUACCCGACAACAGUCAGAGUGUCUUCGGACGCAAGUCUGACUCAAGCAGAAGCUGACUUCGGCAAGUUGCCUGGCUUCUCGCAGGACAUUGACAAGACGUUCUUCCUUGAUGUGCUCAAAAAGUUGAUAGGAGAGGCAAAGCACCUGCAGAACAACCCACGAUUGGGCAUCCACCCAGAGGAGAAGCGGGCAGCACAAGUCGUACUGCAAUCGCUAAAGGCGUACUCCACGCAAGCAGGCGGUCCUCUUGUGCUAGAGGAGUUGGAGUACGUGAAAGGUCGGUCGAAUGUCAAAGUUACAUAUCCUGGCUCCAGCAAAGCAACUGUUUCCUUUGUUGGUAGCCACUUCGACGUGGUCCCGGCAGACCCGGAGAGCUGGUCCAAGGACCCCUUUGCCUUGACCAUUGAGGGUGACAACCUCUAUGGGCGCGGAACAACAGAUUGCCUAGGCCAUGUGGCGUUGCUGACGACCUUCCUUCGGGAGUUGGGACGCUGCAAGCCCAAGCUGAAGCGGAGCAUAGUGGUGCUGUUCAUUGCGGCAGAGGAGGGAGGUGAGAAGAACGUAGGCGUAGACAAAGUCGUGGAGAAUGGAAAGCUGACAGAGGCCAAGAACGGCCCAGUUUACUGGGUCGAUUCUGCGGACUCCAAUCCAUGCUGUGGGACAGCGGGGGCACUGUCCUGGUCGCUCAAGUGCAAGGGAAGGCUCUUCCACAGUGGCUUUCCCAACAAGGCCAUCAACUCCAUUGAGCUGGCACAGGAGGCCGUUGCCUUCAUCCAGGAAAGGUUUUACAACGACUUUCCGCCACUGCCAGAGGAGGAGCUCUACGCCUUUAACACCGGGUCCCACAUGAAACCCACGCAGAUCGAGUGCUCCAAGGGCUCCUUCAAUCAGAUACCAGCUGAGACCACUGUCCAUGGUGACAUCAGGUUAUCACCCUUCUACGAGGUCGAGGAUGUGGUUGAACACAUUGAGCAGUACGUCAAGGAUCUGAAUGAUGAGCUGGGGGAUCUUCAGACCCACAAUCGAGGCCCUUGGAGCAAGUUCGUCCUGCCCUCCAACGUGCAGGUGCAAGCCAACGAGAUCAGCCACGGCAAGGUGGAGCUCGUCUGGAUGGGCGACAUGGACAGCUUCAAGCUCUACGCUGGCCUCGCAUGCAAAUUGGAAUCAGAGGGCCACAAGGCCUUGGUGCAGGCUUUCAGAGAAAGCAACAAAGGAGUUGCUCCUUUCAGCAUCAAUGGCUCUUUGCCGCUGGUGAAGAUGAUGCAGAAGUCUGGCUUCGACAUCCAGCUGUGUGGCUUCGGACGGAUGUCCGUCUACCACGGCGUGAACGAGUACUGCACCAUGUCAGAAAUGGUCAAGGCUUACGAGGUUGUAGCGCGUCUCCUUUGCCUCCUGGAGGCUGCAACGGAGUGAGCUAAGCCAGGAGCACGUCCACAGCGAGUCGCAACAACUGAACGUUUGCUUGCCA